UUUCGGGUGAGAGCCUAAUGGACGACGAUAUGAAUCAGUCUUACUCCCUUACCGCCCCAACCAUCUCCGCAAGGAACAAAGAACAAUAGCGUAUGUGUCUCCAUUGUGCGGUCUUUAUCUCCAUAUCUGCAAUUAGCUUUGUUUUGUGCAUUUUUUAGCUCAGCCCUGGUAAUGGCACUUUGUGUGGAUAACCUUCUCCCAUUGCGCUUCCCAACUUGCCCACUAAAUACUGAAUCCACCAAACCCAAUUACGCUCAAUUCCUUAGGAGCUUGUUAUUUCAAAAAUCUGUAAACUUUUAUAGAUGUGAAUCCCAUAUGCAACCUUUAUUAGCUGCUCUCAGCGUGGAAGAUAUGGGAAAAAUCGAAGUCAAAGAAGGGAAACCAAGGUUUAAGUGGGUUGAGAUUGGCGCUAAUGUCACAGAAGCACAAAAACAAGCUAUAUCCGAACUCCCACCAAAGAUGACCAAUCGGUGUAAGGCCCUCAUGAGGCAGAUAAUUUGUUAUUCUUACCAAGUGCAGAAUGCCAAUUUAUCAGAUUUGUUGGGUGCUUGGGUGAGGAUUAUGAAGCCUAGACGAACUGAGUGGCUUGCUGUUCUUAAACAAUUGAACAAGAUGGGACAUCCUCUUUAUAUUCAGGUGGCUGAACUAGCCCUGCUUGAAGAAUCUUUUGAGGCCAAUGUUCGUGAUUACACAAAAGUAAUUCAUUUUUAUGGGAAGCAAAACCAGGUUCAAGAUGCUGAAAAUGCUCUGCUUACCAUGAGGAGAAGAGGCUUCGAAAUUGAUCAAGUAACCUUAACUACCAUGAUUUACAUGUACAGCAAGGCUGGUAAUCUUAAGCUGGCUGAGGAAACUUUUGAAGAGCUCAAGCUGCUUGGGAACCCAUUGGAUAGAAGAGCAUAUGAUUCAAUGAUCAUGGCCUACAUCAGAGCAGGAAUGCCUGGAAAAGGGGAGGUUUUACUUGGAGAAAUGGAUGGCCAAGAAAUUUGUGCAGGAAGAGAAGUUUACAAGGCAUUGUUAAGAGCAUAUUCCAUGGUUGGUGAUGCUGAUGGAGCUCAGAGGGUGUUUGAUGCAAUUCAGUUUGCAGGUAUUCCUCCAGAUGUUAAAAUAUGUGGACUCCUUAUAAAUGCUUAUCAAAUGGGAGGGCAAAGUCAACAGGUGCUCAUCGCAUUUGAAAAUAUGAGGAGCGCUGGUAUUGAGCCUAAUGAUAAAUGUAUAGCCCUGGUAUUGGCUGCAUAUGAGAAGGAGAACAACCUCAAAGAAGCAUUGGACUUUCUAAUAGGUUUGGAGAGGGAGAGAAUCAUGGUUGGCAAAGAAUCUUCAGAAAUACUAGCUGGGUGGUUUAGAAGGUUAGGAGUGGUGAAAGAAGUGGAACUUGUCUUGAGAGAAUAUGUUGCAAAGGAAGUCAGAUGUGAAAGUGAAAUUCUUGCACACUAAAUUAUCUCCAGAUCCAUGUUGCACCCUUGAAAAAUAUCAGUUUUCCUAUACAUAUAUGUGCUUCUGAUGAUAACCAACAAUCAGGAAUCGUAGAGGCAGGGGAAUUAUCUUUCCCAUGUUAUGGCGGUAGCUUUGUUUUUUGACAACUUCUAAUGUUUGCAGUUAUGUAUGAUGAUUUUCUUGAUUCUGGAAAAGAUCAUUCUUGCUAACCAUUGUCUAUCUGUUGUAGCUUCUUGUACGUUGUAACAUAAGACAUUAAGCUCACAUUUUUGCUUAGUGAUAUGCUGAGUGAUAACUUGAACUCCAGGAAA